AUGUUCAUAAUGCUCCAAAUCCAAGUUCCUUCUCUGCCUCUCUUUACAUCUUUGGUCAUCCUAGUUACCCUAAUUAUAUGUUGGAAGAGAUUUAAAUCCCCUACAGUUAGAGCACCAAUUCUUAGGCUGCCUCCAGGGCCAUGGAAGCUACCCCUGAUUGGAAACUUGCACAAUUUGACUGGCUCUUUACAUCACAGCCUAAGAGACUUGGCCAAGAAACAUGGAACCAUCAUGCACCUCAAGCUGGGGCAAGUGUCAGCCAUUGCCAUUUCAUCACCAGACUUAGCCAAACAAAUCUUGAAGACUCACGAGACUGCAGCUUUCUCACAAAGGCCUACUGUUCUUGCGGUUGAAGUUUUGUCCUAUAAUUUCUUAGGCAUCAUCACUAGCCCUUAUAAUGAGUAUUGGAGGCAGAUGAGGAAGAUUUGUGUUUUGGAGCUUCUAAGCGCGAAGCGUGUGCAGUCAUUUUCAUCGAUAAGAGAAGAAGAGGCAUGGAACCUUGUUGAAUCAAUUAGCUUGUCACAGGGCCAACCUAUCAACCUCAGUGAGAUGAUUUUCUCCAUGCAAGACAGCAUCAUUGCCCGUUCAGCCUUGGGGAAAAAAUGCAAAUACCAACAAGAGUUUAGGUCACUGAUUAAGGAGGCAAUCAUCCUUGGAGAAGGCUUUUCUUUGCCUGAUUUGUUCCCUUCCCUCAAAUUCCUCCGUCACGUCACAAGGACGAAGCCUGCACUGGAGAAGAUACACCGGAAGAUUGACAGAAUUCUUGAUGAAAUCAUUGAUGAUCAUCAUGAGUUGAAAAGAGUAAAGACCAAUGUUGUUGCAUCUAUCACCACUAGAACUGAUGAAGUAUUGCAGGAAGGUCUAGUUCAUGUGCUUCUACAACUUCAGGAGUCUGGUGGCCUCCAAUUUGAUCUCACCAUCAACCACAUAAAAGCUGUCAUCCUGGACAUGUACUUGGCAGGAGCUGAGACUUCAGCAACAACCACAGAAUGGGCAAUAACAGAACUUGUGAAAAAUCCAAGAGCAAUGGAUAAAGCACAAGCUGAGGUACGGCACCUUCUUGCAGGAAAGAGGAAAAAUAUUCAAGAGGAAGAUAUUAAGAAACUAGACUACUUGAAGUUAGUCAUAAAAGAAACUCUACGGCUACACCCUCCUGCUCCCUUAAUUCCAAGAGAAGCAACUCAAAGAAUCAAAAUUGGAGGAUAUGAUAUACCAACAGAAGCCAAAGUUCUGAUCAAUGCUUGGGCAAUUGGGAGAGACCCAAACCACUGGGACAAUGCUGAUUGCUUUAUACCUGAAAGGUUUCAAGGUUCAUCUAUCGAUUUUCGAGGGACCAACUUCGAAUUAAUUCCAUUUGGGGCUGGUAAGAGAAUAUGUCCAGGCAUCUCAUUUGGAAUUGCAUCGGUUGAGCUUGCACUUUCUCAACUGCUCUACUACUUCAACUGGAAACUCCCCAAUGGGAAAAAGGUAGAAGAGCUUGACAUGACUGAGUCUUUGGGAAUGACCCCUAGGAGGAGGAAUGACUUGUAUGUUAUCGCCACUCCCUUCGUUCCAUAA